UAGAAAUCAUUCGUCCGCACUGCAACAUGGCCCCAAAGAAAGUGGAACCCAAGAAAACAGAGGUGAAGAAGGUGGAGGCAAAGAAAGAGGAGCCUCCUCCACCUGCUAAACCAGCAGAGCCUGAGGUCAAACCUCCCGAGGUGGAUCUGAAGAGUAUCGUGGUGGAAUUUAGCCCAGACCAGAUCGAGGAGUUCAGAGAUGCCUUCACGCUGUUUGACGAGACGCCCACAGGAGAGAUGAAGAUCACAUUUGCUCAAUGCGGGGAUGUCAUGCGAGCUCUUGGACACAACCCCACCAAUGAUGAGGUGCUGAAGCUGCUGGGGAGGCCGAAGGCAGAGGAGAUGCACGUCAAGCUGCUAGACUUCGACAGCUUCCUGCCGAUGCUGCAGCACGUGGCGCGCUCCAAAGAGCAGGGCACCUUCGAGGACUUUGUGGAGGGUCUGAGGGUGUUCGACAAGGAGGGCAAUGGCACAGUGAUGGGUGCCGAGCUCCGUCACGUCCUUUCCACACUGGGAGAGAAGAUGACGGAGGAUGAGGUGGACCGGCUCAUGGUGGGACAGGAGGACGCCAACGGACACAUCAACUAUACAGAGUUUGUCAAACACGUCCUGGCCGGUUAGAAAACACUCAGGGUGGAUCUGCUUCUGAUGGACUGAGAGUCUCUUUACGAAACAUGGCUCUGCUGUAAUAUGCAUAUUAAAUACUGUACAAGUCCAUUCUGUGUCUCUAAUUAAACAUCUCCAGUCCCUCUCA